UUUAUUAGGUCUGCUCGGCCUAAACCAUUUUUUUUGUUGUUGUAUAUAGUAAACGCUCAUUUACAAAGUAAAGAUGGAGCGAGGACUAGAGAUGUCAGCAAUGAUUCCUGCAUUGCAAGAACUAGCCAGUGCUAGUUCGGUUGAGUACAAGCAGGCUGUGCAGAAACCUCGUCAGAUACUGUGUCAGUUCAUUGACAGGAUACUGACAGAUGUUGACGUCGUUGCUCUGGAGUUAUGUAAGAAGACCAGUUCUGAGCCAGCGUGUGUGAUGCUGCUGGACUUUGUGCAGCACAUUAUUAAAUCCUCUUCUUUAAUGUUCGUAAACCCAGCGUGUCUUUCAGAUCACUUCAAAAACUCGGAGAACAGCUGCUCUGAUUUCAGUAAAUGGAUCAUCAACCGCUUCUUGCGAAUUGCUGCUUGCCCAGAAUGUGAAGAUCUUCACAUAAAGAUUUCAUCAGUCAUCUGCUCCUUGCUUCAUCUUUUCAGAGCCAAGGGCUCAGUCCUUUUUGGCCUUUUUUCCACAGAGCUAAUAUGUUUAAUGCAAGAUCUAGUGCAUAUGAAUCUCAUGGUCAGACCAUCACCACAGUGGCCAGUGGUGGUGGAACGUUUCUCCGUCAGGUCUGGGGAUUCUGCCGUUUACCUGACCCCCACCAUCCUUAAUCUGUCCUCAUAUGCCUCAGCUCAGGCGUUGUUAGUAACUUCAUUAACAGUGCUGACAGAUAUUUUGCAAGGCCUUUUCUUCCCAAGGGAAGUGGCCAUCAUAUGGGACUGUACUUGCCUUAUGCUGUCUCAUGGGAGCCCAAAACUCAAGGCAGCAUCCAUGGUUCUUUUAACUCGCAUUGUGACUCUGGGAGGUUUCCCUGAAGACCAUUCACAGCCAUUUUUCUCUGCUUAUUUGCAUCUCCUGGACUCCUUGCCUACUUUUGAGGAGUCAGAGCUCAGUGUCUUUGGCAAGGAAUUCCAGAAGCUCUCCCAAUGUGUUUUCCAGCCCGAGGAAGGCACUCACUGCAGGUUUGAGAGAGUUCAUGUGAAUAUGCUGAUGGAAAGGCUUGAGAAACUGGUGGUUGGUGGGGCACUAGAGCAGUUGAAGAUAAUGGAGGUGAAAGCAACACUUUGUGAAGUCUUCUGCUUUGUCCUUGAGUUUGUUCCUCUCGGAUAUGAGUGUGCGGUGCAGAUCCGGAAGGAGAGAGUCGCAGCCAUUUGCAAAUCUCUGAUUAAGACCAUUGGAACACAGGGCCUGCAGGAGCAAAGCGUGGAAGGCUACCUGUACGCUGCCCUCAUGACAGAAGCUAUUGCUGCAGUGCAGGAUAUGCAGGCUGGUGUUUCUGACCCUGCUGAUCCUAGUAUGUAUGAAGAGGAGAUUCCAGCCAAACGCCCAAACCUCUCUCUUCCAACCCAGCUAAGGAGUGGGGAAAAAACUCAGCCAAUGCAGGUGGACAUGAAGCGCAGAAGUGAGGUGUGGGCAGCUGUAGAGAGCCGACUGGAUGAGUUACUGACCCAGAUGAGGGACCACACAGUGAGCACCGUGCAGGGACUGGCGCUCAUCUUCCAUCUGGCUGCACUUUGCUCAAAGCACUGUCUAAGUGGAUCACAGAGUGGCAGAGGAGAGAUGACAUCAGAGGCUUCAGAUGAGGCUCAGCUCAUUUGGUUAAAGCCUCGGGUUUUGGCUCAGGUAGUCGAGAGCUGCCACUCUGUGAUGGCAAACACCUCUAAUGAGGAAGAGCUGGAGCCUCUGGUGGAGGGUACCAUCAGGAUACUUGAUGCUGUCCUCUACCUUAACACUAAUAGUCAGGGUGACACAGGUUUUUACAGGAAUAUUUGUGCUCUGCUCUCAAUCCCAUGGGUGCUUGAGCAUUCUUCACAAGCGGUUUAUCAGAUGGCCUCUUUUCCUGCAAGUCUGAUUGCACUCUCCCAGAAACUUGCUCCUGUCUACUCUGCACAAACUCGAGCGCACUGUGUGUUUCUACUUGCCCUGCUGUCGAAGAGUGUGUGCGGUGACUGGCGGUCGUCGGUUUACCGCUGGGCCCUGCAAAGUAACAGUGAAUCUGAGCGGGCCAGUGCUGUCAGAGGCUUCCCCCUUCUGCUGCACAAUCUAGGAGUCAAAUCCUAUAGCCUCAUCCACGAGGUCCUUCUAACCACUGGAGAAAUUGGGAGAGCUGCUGAAGGGAACCUGGUGUCUUUUGCUCUGCUUCGUCUUCUGCACUGCUUGCUGUCCAAGUCUAAUCCUGUGUCGGUAGCAGCCUACACCGAGAUCCAGGCUUUGGCCUCCUGUAGACACCUUAAACUGCAGUCCUUCUUCAACCAGUACAGGAACCCAAUUUGCCAGUUCUUGGUGGAGUCUUUGCAUUCACGUCAUGUGACGGCUCUGCGCUGCACGCCAGAUCAGAGCAGCGAGGCUCUGCAGGAGGAGGCGGCCCAUCAGAGAGAGCUGGCACUGGACAUCCUGUCUCAUGUGGCACAUGUCUUUGAUUUCCCUGACCUUAAUCGUUUUCUCAAUGUAAGUCCAACAUCUCGAUAUCAGAUUCAGCAAGAUCAGCCUCUGAUGUACAAGGACGACUUCCCAGAGCUCUGCUGCAGGACAUGGGACUGUUUUGUGCGCUGUCUUGACCCGUCUUAUCUGGGUCCGCUUCUGAGUCAUGUAAUCGUUGCUCUAUUACCUCUCAUCUCCAUCCAACCUAAAGAGACUGCAGUGAUCAUGCAGUACCUCAUAGUGGAGAACAGGGAGGAAGUGCAAGACUUUCUUCAUGAAAUCUACUUCCUUCCUGACCACCCAGAACUGAAAACCAUUCACAAGAUCCUUCAAGAUUACCGUAAGCAAACCUCAAAGAGCACUGACAUGCAGGCAGUGCUGCAGCUCUCCAUGCGGGCCAUCCAGCAUGAGAAUGUGGACGUACGCAUCCAUGCGCUCACCAGCUUGAAGGAGAUGAUGUAUAAAAAACAGGAUGCUCUGUUAAAGCAUGUCUUGGACAGUGAGAUGGUAGAGCCAGUGAUCUCUCAGUUAGUGACGGUGUUGCUCCGGGGCUGCCAGGACGUCAAUCCUGAAGCCAGGCUUUUGUGUGGGGAAUGCCUGGGGGAGCUGGGAGCCAUUGAUCCCGGUCGACUUGAUUUGUCACCUGCUGACACUCAGGGAACUGGCUCGACAUUUGUGAGUGGGAUUGAUGAUCCAAACUUUGCCUAUGAACUACUGACAGAGCUGACCAGAGCCUUUCUAGCCUACGCAGAUGAUGUGAGAGCUCAAGAUGCUGCGGCGUACGCCAUGCAG